UCCAASAAGUGGGACAGGGGAUUGUAGGUGUAUUGCUUGAUUGUUCUACCCUUGUUCCCACUCUCCCUACCCCCCGUGUUCUGUGAUUACCGGGACUUCUCAAGUAUCGCAUCGGUUCAGACUGAUGUCGACGGAACCGGACACCGGGGCACUGCCACGACGCAGUGCCAGAAUCGCAGUUCGUGCCCGCCCUGCAAUACCUCCUAGACCGAAGAAACUCAGCAGGCGGACGACUCCAGCAGCAUCAAGUACGGCAUUGACGGUACAAGACGCCACCGGAGAUCAUCCCGCAUACCCAGUCCGAGGAGCCAAUGAGCCAGCGGCUGAUUAUCGUGGGCGGCUACUGGCAUUUACGGAAGCCGUAGCUGCCGUCGAGGCACGGAAGGAGACAGCAGAGGCUGAACGUCAGCGGCUAGCCAAUGAAGCGGCAUCCGAAGCUCGGCGAACGACUGAGACUGACGCAGCGACACGAGACAAACGGAAUGUCAGCAGCAUGGAGUCCUUGAUUGCUGGUGAGCAUCAGUGGACGACGAUACUCCGAGACAUGAUCUUUGUGCCUACGGAGGCGCAGGCAGACCCGACACCGGCGAAGGCAGAGAGAAGUAACCUGGCUAACUUGCUCCACGGCAUGAUGAGAGACGUGACGAAGCAACUCAACGAGCGCAUCGAUCACGUCGUCACCAUCAUCGGCGACAKAAGUACUUUCAACGGACCAGACUCGAUCAGCAGCACGGYGGCCGCCAUCAAGACGGACAUCACCAAGCUACAGACGAGACCGGAAGCCGCUACAAAGAUGUUCAAGAUGCCGCACUUCGACAUCAGCAAGUUCGAUGAUUACAACAAGUCGGACGUCUUGUCAUGGUGGCAACGCUUCCUCACGGAAGCAUCAUGCCGCAUGGUCCCGACAGACGACAUGUUGAAGGCAAUAUAUCUGCAGCUGAUUGGAGGAGCGCAGGGAUGGAUAAACCACCUAGCGGCUACACACAAGUGCACUAUCGCCGAAGGAGUCUUGAACGCACAUUACGUGGAAGGAGUUCGAGCAGCUAUGGUUCACCAGAUUCAUGGUCCGCAACGUCGUGAAGAUGACCAUGAACGAGGUCUACACAUGCUCUCAAGGGAACAUGCCAACGCGAGACGGGGCAUCAAAAUGGCAGAAGAUAGUGAUCACGCCAGGCUUCGACUUGACGUUCCCUAAUCAACGAUCCGAGUUCUUCUCGAGAUCGUGCGCAGGAUUGCGGU